AUGCCUCUCUACCGCCCCGACAACCCGGACGCUCCCGUCCUCUCACAAUUCUCCCUUAAAGGCAAAGUCGCCGCCGUCACGGGCGGCGCCCGCGGCAUCGGCCUCGAGAUCGUGCGUGGCCUCGCCGAAGCCGGCGCCGACGUCGCCAUUAUCUACAGCACCAGCAGCGCCCCCGCCCUCGCCGCCGCGCGCGAGAUCGCCGCCGCCGCCGGCGUCAAGGUCGCCGCGUACCAGGGCGACGUGCGUUCGCGCGCCGCCAUCGCGCGCACCCUCGACCAGGUCGUCGCCGACUUUGGCGGCCGCCUCGACGUCGUGGUCGCCAACGCGGGCGUCUGCGCCGACGUGCCCAGCCUCGAGUACACCGAGGAGACCUGGCAGCAGAACAGCGCGGUCAACUACGACGGCGUCAUGUGGACGGCGCAGGCGGCGGGCAGGGUGUUUAAGGAGCAGGGGAGGGGGAACUUGAUCAUCACAGCGUCGGUCAGCGCGACGCUGGUCAACGUGCCGCAGCGGCAGGCGGCGUACAACGCGGCCAAGGCGGCGGUGGUGCAGCUGGCCAAGGUGCUGGCGGUGGAGUGGGUGGACUUUGCGCGGGUGAACUGCGUCUCGCCCGGGUUUGUCGAGACGGAUAUGUUAUACAACCAGCCAAAGGAGCGCAUGGAGCAAUGGCUCUCUCUGAUUCCAGGCCGCCGCAUGGCAGCCACCUCGGAGUUGAAGGGGAUUUAUGUCUUCCUUGCGAGCGACGCUUGCUGCUACAUGACGGGCGCUAAUUUGAUCGUGGACGGCGGAUAUACGUUGCUAUGA